AUGGCACCGACAAAUUCCGGAAUCACCACCGACUCUGCGACCGGAGAGCGAUUCAUCCCCUCUUCAGUGCGCGCUGAUGGCACGAAACGUCGUGAAAUUCGUGUCCGACCUGGAUACCGCCCUCCUGAGGAUGUGGAACUGUACAAGAACCGUGCUGCUGCUGCAUGGAAAAACCGAGGUAAAGGCGGGGUACCGGGGGCUGAGAGUGUGAGCAACGAGGGGGAUCAAGACACAAAGAGCAGCAGUGCUGCCAGCAACAAGAAUGCGAAACGCAGGGAAAACAAGAAGAAGGCAAAGUCGGCCGAGGAUGGACCUGCUCCUACAAAUGGCAAGAAUCCGGAGAAGACCACCACUGCCGAACCACCCGUUGAUGCUGAAGCUGAGAGUGAGAAGAAGGCGCGCAAUCUGAAGAAGAAGCUAAGACAGGCACGGGAUCUGCGUGAUAAGAAGAACCAGGGCGAGUCCCUCCUGCCUGAGCAGCUGGAUAAGAUCAUCAAGAUCAACGAAUUAAUCCGUCAACUUGACACCCUAGGAUUCGAUUCGAAUGGUGACAAGAAGGGCGAAGCGGAGGGUCAGGACAAUGAGAAGGUCUAA